GAUUUUUGAAUUGUAAAUAUAACCUACGUGUUUAAAAUUUACUGUUAUACUAAAUUAUUCCGUUUAUAUCAGAAAAUUUUAUUUUUAAGAUUAACAAUAAUCUUUAUACAAGCAUCUUGCACAUUCUAUAUAUAUGGGAAGGACUAAACGAAAACGUUUAAAGAAAUAUGAACAAAAUUCUGUAAAUUUAUGUCAUGAAGAACAUUUGGUGAGUUUGCAGAAAUGGAUGUCAAAUAAAGGAUGGAAAAAUCACAAGAAACUGUCUCUAAAACUAUUUCCAGAAACAGGAAGAGGAAUUAGUUCAAAAAUAACAGUGGGUGCAAAUGAAGUUUUACUUUCAAUACCCAUGAACAUUAUGAUUACUUACACUACUGUGAAGUUAGACAUACCUGUUAAAAACAUAUUCACGAUUCACGAAAGUCUUGCCUUAUUUUUAAUAAAUGAAAAAGAAAAAGGAAUUAAUUCGUACUGGACAGAUUAUAUUAACAGCUUACCAGAAAAACUUCCUCCCUUAACAUGGCUGGCUAAUGAAGAGGAAAUUGAGUUAUUUCCAUCAGAUAUAAAGUUGAACGUUGAAUAUACAACCACAAAUUUCAAAAACUUUCUCAAUAAAACUAGAGAUUUUAUACCAAAUAACUCCACUUUGGCUGACAGUUUGUUAAAAUGGGCUUAUGUAAUGGUUAAUACCAGAGCAGUAUAUGUUGAUCCACACAUAAUUUGUGAAGAGUCCUCUCUAAAUUUGUUAAAGGAUGAACCUUCUAUGGGACUAUGUCCCUUUUUAGAUAUGUUUAACCAUAAUUAUUUGGCCAAUACAGAAGUUAGUAUUAUCAAUGAAGGGGGAUGUUUAUUUUAUGAAUUGAGGACCUUAAGUUCAUGUAAAAACAGACAUCAGAAACAGUAUGGUGAUGCGUAUUGAUCCGCGCGAUCGCCCUCGACGCCUAGCCACUGUGUUUGUUAACGGCAUUCCAAAGAUCUCAAGAAUCCGAAGGAUCUAGAAAGCAUUUUGAUAUAUAAAGCGUCAUACUACGGACAGUGACAAGUGAACUAAGAAAUGUAUUUGAAUAAAUUAGAUGUUAAGUUUGUACAUAAAUAUUAGUGAGUAGUUGA